AACGAUAAUUUUAGGAAGGAGGGAUGAGAGAGAGAGUAUUAAAUAUGGAAAGAUAGCUAGAUGGGCUUUCUCCCUUUCAUUCAUCAAUCUCAUCUCUACCAUACCUUUGUUGGUGUGUGAGUGAUACCCCACUUUUCUCUCUUUCUUUCGUUCACAUAUAUCGAUCUCCCUUUACCCUUUCUGCUGGAAAUCAAAGCUGCAUAAAUUAAACCAAUCCAUCCUGACAAGCUAAGCUAUAUCAGAUCAAAAUUGCCCUCCCAUCUCACUCACACACAUACAUAUGCCCUUUCUCCUUCGCUUUCAGCUCUUCGAUCAUCCCCACAUGUGAUUAUGUUUUGUCAGCACCAGAUGGGGGAAUUAGUUAAUUUAAGAGACUUCUAUAUGACUAGUUCUUGAUAUUUAUUUAUUGAUAAAUUUUUUAAAAAAAAAUUGAAUUUUUAUUUUAUUUUUAUUUACCAUUUAUGGCUAUGUAUUACCAAGGAGGGUCAGAAAUGCAAGGGGAUGGUCUGCAGACACUCUAUCUCAUGAACCCUAACUAUAUUGGCUUCUCUGACAACGCGCUCCCGCCGCCGCAGGAGCAGCUGCAGCCGCCGUCAGCUGCCAGCAUGAUGUUUUUGAACUCCGGCCACGCGCUGCACUCCGGGGGUGUGUCUCACGCGCGGAUUCCACAGUCCCAGCACUUUGUCGGCGUCCCCCUCUCGGGUCACCAACAUCACGACCCGAACCGGAGCCUGUGGACCGCCGUUGACCAGCCGCCCUCCGCUGGCGGCACAGCCGACUUUGCCUCCCAGCUCGGGUUCCACCACCGCUCCUCCGGCCACCAACGGGGCUUGUCCUUAAGCCUAUCUCCCCAACACCAACAUCAGCCUUUCACUACGUCUAUGCCGCCGGUCGAGUCCCCGGUCGGGCUUUUGUCGGCGCGGCUGGCGCCGGACAAUCAUAUCCGAGACUCCGGCGGUGCGCCGGCUCCGUCGGUAAUCAUGGGCUCGAGGUAUCUGAAGGCCGCACAGGAGCUCCUCCACGAAGUGGUAAACGUGGAGAAGAUCGUCAAGUUAGACGCCGCCGGAGGGGACGGGACGGCGGCGGCCGGAAACAGAGAGAGGGCGAGGUUGAGCAAAGAAUCGGUGUCCACUUUCGCCGGCGACCAGGCGACGGAGUUGACCACCGCUCAAAGGCAAGAGCUGCAGAUGAAGAAGGCUAAGCUUCUUAGCAUGCUCGAUGAGGUGGAGCAAAGGGACCGACAAUACAUCCAACAAAUGCAAAUGAUGGCUGCAACGUUGGAAGAGGCAGCGGGAGUUGGUUCGGCUAGAUCGUACACGCACUUGGCCUUAAAGACCAUCUCCAAGCAAUUCCGGUGCCUCAGAGCCGCCAUUGGUUCCCAGAUAAAGGCGGCCGGGAGGCGGUUGGGGGAGGAAGAAGGGCUGUUGUUGGGCGGGGGAGGACCCGCGUCGUCCUCCUCCUCCAGAUUAUUAAAAUUUGGGGAUCAUCACCGGCAGCAUCAUGCGCUACAACAACAUUUUGGCAUGAUGCAACCGAAUGCUGCUUGGAGACCUCAGAGAGGCCUCCCUGAGCGCGCUGUCUCCGUCCUCCGCGCUUGGCUUUUUGAACAUUUUCUACACCCUUACCCCAAAGAUUCUGACAAAAUCAUGCUUGCCAAGCAAACGGGACUUACCAGGAGCCAGGUUUCGAACUGGUUCAUAAAUGCUCGAGUCCGAUUAUGGAAGCCAAUGGUUGAGGAAAUGUACACUGAAGAAAUGAAAGGCCAAGAGAAACAACAACAAGGCGGCAAAGAAGAAAAAAAUGAUAAUAAUAAGGGAACAAAGCGAAACGGAGGCGGCGGCGGGCCGACGGAGAAGCCCAUUACUGAUGGCAAUAAUUCCCCUACCGCCGAUAAUAUCUCCUCCACUUCCCUUCAACCACCACCACAAGGCGGCGGCGGCGGUUUCUCCUUCAUCAACACACUAAACAUGGAAAACAACAACAACAAUUCAGGUGACGAGAUGGUCAUGAGGAAUUGCGGGAAGAAGCCCCGAAACGACGCGCAAAGCUCGCCGCGGAGCAGCAUCGUUUCGGUGGACAUGGACGACAUGAAGUCCCCGCACUCCAGCGGCGGAGGGUACAGUAACAGGCCGGCCGCAGGGAACUUCCCCGACCUCCUGGCGGCGGCCGCCAGCACCAGCGGGUUCGGGGGGUUCCCCAUUGGAGACUUCGGGAGGCCGUUCAGCCCGGAGAACCUCGCGGCCCCCGGGUUUCACGGAGGUCAUAAUAAUAAUAAUAAUAAUAAUAAUAAUAAUAAUAAUAAUAAUAAUAAUAAUAAUAAUAAUAAUAAUAAUGGGAGUGUGUCCCUCACUCUUGGCCUGCCGCCCUCCGAGAACCAGCAGAAUUACCUUUCUACCCAUCAAGACAUGGAGCUAGGGAGGAGAAUGGAGAUGGGCAGAAUGGGAAUAGAGAACAAUAACAACAACAAUGGGGGUUAUGAAAGCAUAGACUUUGAGAGUGCUGGAAAGAGAUUUGCUGCUCAACUCUUACCAGAUUUUGUAGCAUGAGGCUAUCAAAAUAUAUGAAAAGAUAUAUACAUAUAUGUAAUGAUGGGCAUGCACAGAAUUAUACUCCGUACGUACUAGUAUAUACACAUACUCCUAUUUUUAAAUUAUGAUUGUUGCAAAUUAACAUUUUAGAUCGUGUAUGUACGUACCAUAAUACUACCAUAUACUCCAUAAUUCCAUAUAUGUGCACUGAAAACAAGAAUCCAUUAAGAUUCGGUACUCAAGAAUGAAGUCGAAACACUAAAACUAGCGUAGAAUAUAGGUAGAAACCAAUGUAAGGAUAUGACUUUAUAUACCUAUAUUCACAAGCUCAAAAGCACUCACAAAAUAUGUUUAAAACCAUCACAUAAACACUUUCAAAAUAU